AUGGUCCUUUACCGGAUCCUGCUUUGCGUCAGGUCUGAGGGGGCUUGUCGGUGGGGCAAUUGUCCUGAGUGUGGCACUCCACUUAGAAAGAGCAACUUCAGUGUACAACUCUUUGAAGAUCCUGCUGUUGACAAAGAGGUGAAGAUUCGAAAAAAAGUGCUAAAGAUAUACAAUAAAAGGGAAGAAGAUUUUCCUAGUCUAAGAGAAUACAAUGAUUUCCUGGAAGAAGUGGAAGAAAUUGUUUUCAACUUGACCAACAAUGUGGAUUUGGAUAACACUAAAAAGAAAAUGGAGAUAUACCAAAAGGAAAACAAAGAUGUCAUUCAGAAAAAUAAGUUAAAGAUGACUCAGGAACAGGAAGAAUUAGAAGAAGCAUUAGAAGUAGAACGUCAGGAAAAUGAACAAAGAAGAUUAUCUAUACAAAAAGAAGAACAACUGCAGCAAAUUCUAAAAAAGAAGAAUAAACAGACUUUUUUAGAUGAACUGGAGAGUUCAGAUCUUCCUGUUGCUCUCCUCUUGGCUCAGCAUAAAGACAGAUCUACUCAACUGGAAAUGCAACUCGAGAAACCCAAGCCUAUAAAGCCAGUUGCAUUUUCCACAGGCAUCAAGAUGGGUCAACAUAUUUCAUUAGCACCUAUUCACAAGCUUGAAGAAGCUCUGUAUGAAUACCAACCACUGCAAAUAGAGACUUAUGGACCACAGGUUCCUGAGCUCGAGGUACUAGGAAGACUUGGGUAUUUAAACCACGUCAGAGCUGCCUCUCCACAGGAUCUUGCUGGAGGCUACACUUCUUCUCUGGCUUGUCACAGAGCACUACAGGAUGCAUUCAGUGGGCUUUUCUGGCAGCCCAGUUAACCAUUUUGUUUGUUUGUUUGUUUGUUUUUCCUCCCUUUAUAAGAUUUGGACCUUGGAGCCAAACUAGGGAGCUGGCAAAAGUAAAGCAGACCUGUAAAUUACAGCUUUAUGCAUCUGCAUAGCACAGUAAUACCACUAGUUGUGUUAAAGUAUUUAUAAAGAGAAAAUUUCUGAACUAAGCCAAGUAAUAUAGGGGAUACAUAUUUGUGGAGACUUAUUUUUUACUUAUAUUUUCAUGGGAGGGAUUGAAGCAGUAAGCCUCAUCUGAUGGAAGAGAGGAAUAAUUUGCUAUGUAUGUUUGAAUUGACAGAUUUGUAAAA